AUGGCCCGACCCUCAGCGUCAAAAGCGAGGACACUGGGGGUAGCCAUGACAGCAAGGACAGGGCGGCUCGGACGGCUCGGCGGCUCGGCGGCUCGGCAGCACCAGCAGGUCGGCAGCUCAGCGACUCGGCGGCUCGGGUGGCUCGGCGGCUCGGGCGACUCGGGCGGCUCGGGCGGCUCGGGCGGCUCGGGCGGCUCAGGCGCCUCGGCGGCUCGGGCGGUACGGUGGCUCGGGCGGCUCGGGCGGCUCGGGCGGUUCGGCGGCUCGGGCGGCUCGGCUGCUGCAGGGGCAGCGGCGGCUGUUGCUCACAGGACGGCGGCGGCCGCUGCUGCAGCGGCGGCGGCAGUUGCUGCUGCAGGGCCGGCGGCGGCCGCUCCUGUAGGGACGGCGGCGGCCGCGGUUGCAGUGGCGGCGGGUGCUGCUGCAGGGGCGGCGGAUGCUGCUGCUGCUGGGACUGCGGCCGCGGUCGCUGUAGCGACUGCAGCUGCUGCUGCUGUAGAGGCGGCGACGGCGGGCCGAGAGAGGCCGCGAAGGGCGGCGGACGGGCCGUGA